UAAAAACUGGGACAAAGAACCGUCAGGACGGAACUGCUUCAAUUGCAAAAAUCUCAGCGUAGCCUCCGGAGCGGCCGGCCGGCCCGAGUCAGGAGCAGCCCCUUUAAAAAAGCGGAGUACAGUAUUGGGAUUCUUGAAACCUGAAACCUAGACGCAGAAUCGAAGCGGAAACCAGAAGGAAAACCGUGAACUCCCCCAGACAAUUGCUUCCGGGGAGUUUCGGGAGAGCGAGGGGGAAUAAAGGGCCGGAGAGGAGGGCCCCUCGGAUGGCGCGCCCCUGAGGGUCCUGGCGAGUUCGAGGAGCGUGGGAAGGAGAGGACCCUACCCUCUCCCUGGGCUGCAGGUCAUGGCCACCGUGGAGCAGAAAGCCCUGGGCAUUGGCUUCAAGUGUCUCUCUUUGGCCACUUUUGUGCUCAUCUGCGCCGGGCAAGGGGGACGCAGGGAGGAAGGGGGUCCAGCCUGCUACGGGGGAUUUGACCUGUACUUCAUUCUGGACAAAUCGGGAAGUGUGCUGCACCACUGGAAUGAAAUCUAUUACUUCGUGGAACAAUUGGCUCAUAAAUUCAUCAGCCCACAGCUAAGAAUGUCCUUUAUUGUCUUCUCUACUCGAGGAACAACCCUAAUGAAGCUCACAGAAGACAGAGAACAGAUCCGUCAAGGCCUAGAAGAACUCCAGAAGGUUCUGCCAGGAGGAGACACUUACAUGCAUGAAGGAUUUGAAAGGGCCAGUGAGCAGAUUUAUUAUGAAAACAGUCAAGGAUACAGGACAGCCAGCGUCAUCAUCGCUCUGACCGACGGAGAGCUUCACGAGGACCUCUUCUUCUACUCAGAGAGGGAGGCCAACAGAUCUCGAGAUCUCGGUGCAAUCGUUUACUGUGUCGGCGUGAAGGAUUUCAAUGAGACACAGCUGGCGCGGAUCGCAGACAGUAAGGAUCAUGUGUUUCCUGUAAAUGAUGGCUUUCAGGCCCUGCAAGGCAUCAUCCACUCAAUUUUGAAGAAGUCCUGCAUUGAAAUCCUGGCAGCUGAACCAUCCACCAUAUGUGCAGGAGAAUCAUUUCAAGUAGUGGUGAGAGGGAACGGCUUCCGCCACGCCCGCAACGUGGACAGGGUCCUCUGCAGCUUCAAGAUCAACGAGUCUCUCACGCUCAAUGAGAAGCCCUUCGCUGUGGAAGAUACCUAUUUGCUGUGUCCAGCGCCUAUUUUAAAGGAAGUUGGCAUGAAAGCGGCGCUUCAGGUCAGCAUGAACGACGGCCUCUCCUUCAUCUCCAGUUCUGUCAUCAUCACCACCACACACUGCUCCGAUGGCUCCAUCCUGGCAAUCGCCCUGCUGAUCCUGUUCCUGCUCCUGGCCCUGGCUCUCCUCUGGUGGUUCUGGCCCCUCUGCUGCACCGUGAUUAUCAAGGAGGUCCCUCCGCCCCCUGCUGAGGAAAGCGAGGAAGAAGAUGAUGACGGUCUGCCUAAGAAAAAGUGGCCGACAGUGGAUGCCUCUUAUUAUGGCGGGCGAGGUGUCGGAGGCAUUAAAAGAAUGGAGGUUCGCUGGGGAGAAAAGGGCUCCACUGAAGAGGGUGCUAAGUUGGAGAAGGCAAAGAAUGCAAGAGUCAAGAUGCCGGAGCAGGAGUACGAAUUCCCUGAACCCCGAAAUCUCAACAACAACAUGCGCCGGCCGUCCUCCCCCCGGAAGUGGUACUCUCCCAUCAAGGGAAAACUUGAUGCCUUGUGGGUCCUGCUGAGGAAAGGAUAUGACCGUGUGUCCGUGAUGCGUCCACAGCCAGGAGACACGGGACGCUGUAUCAACUUCACCAGAGUCAAGAACAACCAGCCUGCCAAGUACCCCCUCAACAACGCCUACCACACCACCUCGCCGCCCCCUGCCCCCAUCUACACCCCGCCACCCCCUGCUCCCCACUGCCCUCCCCCGCCCCCCAGUGCUCCCACCCCUCCCAUCCCAUCCCCCCCUUCCAUCCUCCCCCCUCCUCCUCAGGCUCCCCCUCCCAACAGGGCCCCGCCCCCCUCCCGACCUCCCCCUAGGCCUUCUGUCUAGAACCCACAGUUUGUGCUCUGGGUUCUCUCAGAAACUCUGGGGAGGAGGCUCCUCUGUGGUGUUAGAACAAUGUCUUUCCAGUUACAGGAGGCCUCCACUUUGGAAAUGAGUGGUGACAAAGCCCACGGACGUUCACACACUUUAAAAAUUGGUUUGUGACACCACUGCACCGACAUUUGUGAUCAGCGGAAAGAAAUCGAAAUUUUGAAUUGCUUGAAAACAAAUGCUGAGGCCACGACAGUCAGUUACAGCCAGCCAGCCAUCACCUCUAGAAGGUUCCAGAGACGGUGAAACUGCGGAGAUGCUCUAAAUGGGACUGUGUCUCAUGGACACCCAGAAGAAAUUCCUUUCUCUGAGGGUGAAAUGCGGAGUCAGAUAAGAAAUAACACUGCUGGGUUUCUAAACGCUGCCUGCCCUCCUCCACGUCACCUCCAUCCCCUGAUCCUGGACCCUUGGCCUAGGAACCAAAGAAUCCUCACCCCUGCGUGCCACCCAGGAAGGUAGAAACCCUUUGCCUACAACUUUGGGGGGAGGUUGGGGGUCCCCGUUGUGGCAAGAAUCUCGACAUCAGACAGGUAUCCAAAAGCAUGCUCUGGAAUUUGCAGAGGAGUAAAAACACCCGCCUUAUUUACCUUUCCAAAUUCUUCCAAUUUCCAAGCGAGGAAGAGGGCAGUUGUUUACCGAUGGAAAAGGUAUGUUGUUAUGUUGCUGUGUAAGUGAAUCAGGUGUGUGCAUUGAUGGGAAAGUAUUGAUGGGAGCAUCUGACAGUUUCUAAAACCCACAGGCUGUGAGCAGCUAGAGAUGGCUGGCUCUGGCCCAACAUGGCCCCUAAAUCAGCAGACAACAGCAUUGUCGAAGAGCACUUGUUAAUAAUUCAUGUUAAAAAAUCAAGAUUUGGCUUGGAUUUAAAUCAUUUGCAAAAUGAAGUUGACUGAUCCUACUUUCCAGAAACAGACAUGAGUUGAUCAUCCCAAAACGUCAUCAUUAGCACCUACCACACAAUUUCACUGAUUCUGUUUUUCUUUCUUCGUGAAGUUGUGCAUCAGAGACUUCUAGGCAGAGCUGAGAGAUAUCAUAAGGAAUCUAUCCCCCAAAAAGCAUGUGUGUGGAUGCAAAUAUAUUUCUCCUUGGCUUUUCAACAUACUCACAAAUAUUAUUAGCUGCCUAAAAUUCCCACUAUGUCUGGGAACCAUUCCACUCCUUCAAGUCUUUCUGAAUCUGUUGUCAUCAGUAAGCCUUAUAAUCACUUUCUAAACAUUGGGCUUCAACACCCGAGGAUAAAAUCAGAAGCCAUCAUUUAGGGCCUCCUGCACCAGCCUGUUCAAAAUUACCUCCCCCUCCACCUUUCCACAGCUCUUAAAAUUCCACUGCCAAAACCCUUAAAUCUUUUCAGGAACAAAGCAGAAUAUAAAAUAAACACAAACUUAGUGCUUUGGGCUGUGGUUGCCAAAGAUCCUUCCAAAACCCAUCAAGCCAGCCUCAUUCUUUCGCCUUACUUAGAACAGAUACAUAGGACCUGGCAGUCAUUCCAUGCACACCAAUGCUGGUAGCCAUGGCAGACAUUGCUAAUCAAUCACAGCACUAUUUUCCAUGGAGCCCAAUGAUUCCUUUACAAUCUUCAAGUCACAGUUCCACAGGCUCACCACUCAUCAGUCACAAUUGAGAAAUAAAAGAACCCUAAUUGCCAUCCCAACUUUAGAAAGCAAAAGCAAGCAGGGAUUGUGUGAGGGAGUGGGGAAACCUUUGGGCAUAAAAGGUACAGUCAGGGGAAAACAGAUCUAGGCAGAGUGCCUUAGUGGAUGGGCGGGGGGGAGGUGCCCAGGCACUAAAUCUACAGUGCCAAAGGCAAACUGACAUUUCUCCAAGUGUACUUCAGACCCAGCCCUUCUCCCAGCCUGCCACUUUCAGAGAACUUCCAGGCUUUCUCACAGAGCUAAAAUCAGAGAUGGUUUUCAUGACUUACGAAAGCAACCUCCCUCCCUUGCCCCCCCCAACCUGGCCCAUAUUGUCUAUUUUUAGGACAUUAGGCUUCUUCUCUAGCAAAGUCCCCCCAGGAAGCAGGGGUCUUUGAAGCAGGGGUCAGAAUGUCUCAGCCACCUGCAGGGACAUUGCUGGACUCCAGAAAACCAUUCCAUAGGAGGAUGGGUUCCCCAGGCUCACGGCGUAGAGACGUUGAGCCCCUGGCCACUGUUUUGACUGCUGGCGGUACAAAACAGUUCACCCCACACCACUGCCACAUGGCUCGCUGAGGCCAUAAGAACGUUUGAGACAAGGUGUUGACAUUGUUGUGUAACAAGAUGGCAGGCAUCAGGUGAGAAUGCCAUGUUCAGGAUCUCAACCGCACGUCAGUCAGAAGCCCUGUGCAGUUUCCAAGAUGUUGUUUUGAUGAACUUUUUGAUAAAAUGGGAAACUGCAUAUAUAUGAUGACUUGGAAGAGGAUUAGCAGGGUUUGUCCUUAAAAGGGGUUCAUCACGUCAUCCCUAGUCACUUACAGAAUUACAGUGGAGAAGGAGAAACUUCUACGCUGUAUGAACAAGGCAAUGUUUCAAUAGUAGGUUAUUACAGGCAGGAAAACUCUUUAACUGGUUUAUAAAAUCUAUCAGUACUUGUGUCAUUCCCUGUAAAAGGUAGCAGACAUAUGAUUGUGAUCCGGAAACUGCACAAAAUUAUUUCUUCAACCCCCAGGUUACGGUCCUCGCGAAGUUGUUUUUUUUUUUUUUAAUAAAAGUCAACUUUUUGUUGUAUAUAUUCCUAUUCCAUGUGUUAGAUGGAAGCAUUUCCUACCCAGUGUGAAUAAAAAGAACAGUUGUAGUAAAUUAUUAUAAGGCCAAUGAUAUUUCAUGGCAGGUUAUUCUACCAAGCUGUGCUUGUUGGUUUUUCCCAUGACUGUAUUGCUUUUAUAAAUGUACAAAUAGUUACUGAAAUGACGAGACCCUUGUUUGCACAGCAUUAAUAAGAACCUGGAGCGGUUACCUCUGUUGACGACCAGCUCACAAACAGUUUCUGGCCUGGAGCUUGGCACGUACUCCGGGAAGGCACAAGAUCUUUCUUUUACGAAGGUCAAGACCAGAGCUGGUGGACAUAUUAAUCUGGCCGUGGGUAACCUCAUUGUAAAUAUCAGCAGAGUGGGCAGAGAUGAUCUCUAAGUCUCAUGUACACGAAGGUCCGAAUACUGUCUCAGAUGAGGGAACUCCAUCCAAGAACUAGAAAAAAAAAAAAAUAACAAUGAGAUAAUGAACAACAGGUUCAGCCCAGAGCCAACUCAAUACAGAACAAUUAAUGCUGUGUAAAGUGGGUUGAAUUAGUUUGCAAACUAUAUAAAGAUACACGCAGUAAUAAAAAGCCUAUUAAUGCACACCAGAUGGGAACGGGGUAUUCUAGUCAAUCGCCUUUUCUAGUUAUCUGAGCUCUAUUAUAUUAUCAUACGUGGAUAACCAAUUUAAAAGAAUUAGAAUAUGAUUUUUUUUAAAUGCACUUAACAUUAAACUCUUCUAAUUCUUUCUUCUAUCUGUGAUAAUUCAGAAGACAGGAUGGAUCAUCAGCGCCUCUGAGUCAUUGUUAUAAAAAUCAGUUAUGCUGUACCUGCUCGGCUAAAUGUGGACAAUGACAAACCCUGGAAGUUGCUUUUUUUUUUAAAAAAUAAUAAAUGUUUCAGAUCAA